AUGAGGAAGGCCAUUCACUGUGGCCUUCCGACCACAGCCUGUGUGUACUUGUUUUUUGGCUGCCUGGGGUACGCUUCUUUGGGAGAGGAAUUCCCUGAAUACAUAUCCCUUUAUGGCUGUUAUAAUCCUCAUUGGCUUCUAGGCAUAGCAAGUGCUGCAGUGGUACUCCAAUACGCAGGUGGAUGCCAAAUUUUUGUCCAACCCAUUGUCGCAAUGUCUGAGAAAGCUGCUGUGAAAAGAUUUGGUCCGGAUAAUGAAUUCAUCAAGAAGAAAAUUAAAAUCUGGAUCUACGAAUUCAAGCUCUUCCAGUUGGUUUUGAGGACAUUUUUCGUGAUCGUGACCACUUUGUUAUCAAUGUUUUUAGCGGUUUAUGUGCAGAUUCUUGAACUCAUUGGGAUUCUAGCAUUUUGGCCCAUCCUAUUUACUUCCCAAUGA